AUGCUCAAACGUCGUUUCAACCGCGCUACAGGCCAAAACACUCAUUGGGUUGCUACAGAUCUCGGCGCUAACAUCCAUGCUGAAAUCGAACACAUGAAGAAGAUGCGUAUGAAACGUGGUAUCCGCCACGGUCUUGGCCUUAAAGUCUGUGGUCAAUGCACAAAGUCUAUUGGCCGUCGUGGUGGCGCUCUUGGUGUUGAACGCAAGAAAGAUUAA